AUGCAGCGGCAGCAGCGCGCCAAGAACAACAUAUCAGCGGCAGGCAGCCCCAAGAAGCCACGUCAUCAGCGGCACAGCCCGCCAAGAACCACGUAUCAGCGGCAACAGUCGCGCCAAGAAUCCCCGAACGUAUCAGCGGCAGCAGGCCCGCCGAAGAACCACGUAUGCAGCGCAGGCAGCGGAGCGCAGCGAAAACCACGUAUCAGCGGCACAGCCCCGCCGAAGAGAACCAACGUAUCUAGGCGGCAACAGCCCGGCCAAGAACCCAGCGUAUCAGCGGCCGCAGCCGCCCAAGAACGGCGACGUAUGCAGCGGCCAGCAGCGGCAGGGCCAAGAACCACGUAUACAGCGGCCAGUCGCGCCAAGAACCAAGCGUAUCAGCGGCCAUGCAGCAGCCCGCCCAAGAUACCACGUAUACAGCGGCACAGUCCGCCAAGAACCGCGUAUCAGGCGAGCACCAGUCAGCCAAGAACACGUAUCAGCGCAACAAACGGCGCCAAGAACGGACACGUAUCAGCGGCCAAGGUCAGGCCGCCAGCCAAGAACCACAGUAAUCAGGCAGGCACAGAGCCAGCCACACGACCACGUUAUGCAGCAGGCAGCAGCCCUGACCCGCCAAGAACGACGUAUCAGCGGCACAACGGCGCGCAAGAUAACGGCACGUAUCAGCGGUCACAGCCGCAGCCAAAGACACACGUACGCAGCGGCAGCAACACCGGCCAAGACGCAGCGUAUCAGCGGCAGCAGUCCGACAAGAACCAGUAUCACGGCGCAAGCCGCACAGACCACGUAUCAGGCGGCACAGCCGCCCAAGAACCACGUAUGCAGCGGCACAGCUGCGCCAAGAACCAGCGUAUCAGCGGCAGCAGUGCCGACCAAGAAACCACGUAUGCAGCGGCAACAGCAGCCGCGCGCAGCCUAAGAAACCACGUAUAUCAGCGGCACAAAGCCCGCCUAGAACCACGUAUCAGACGGCAGCAGCCGCGGCCAGAAGAAGCAACGUAUCAAGCGGCAACAGCCCGCGGCCAGAUGGACAGAACCACGUAUCAGCGGCACAGCCGCGCAAGAACGCACGUAUGCAAGCGGCACAUGCCCGCCAAGAACACGUAUUCAGCGGCACGCAGGCCGCACAAGAAAACCGGACGGUAA